AUGUCGAAAUCGCUGCAAAAUACUAUGAUUGACCGCAUUCUCAAGCCCGUAGACAUCGCCGAAAAGCCCAGCUCGUCCUCAGACAUGGAGCAACAGGCCAAAUCACCACCAGAGAUAAAAAAGGUCGCGCAAUUCCUGCGCAGUGGGGGCGCCGGGGUCAAAGUGCGGGUCGGAGCGAUGAACGGGAAGCGGCUGGACUACUUCAAAGGAAAAUCCGCCGUGAAGGCCCUGUUGUCGCCGGAAUACCAGAAGCUGAAAGGCGUCCCUAAGGUUACCAACGAAGACGAGGCGCGGACGGUGUUGCACGCCGUCAAUGCCUUCGCGUUCUAUCUACGAGUCGCCCGGGGUGACCCAUCGGGCUCGUCGUCCUCGUCACCCAGACACCUACAAAUCAUCCAGGAGCAGAUGUUCGUCCCGGACGAAUACUACGCGUGGUUCUACGAAGGCUCACAAUGGACGACGUACGCCGGCGGCAUCGGCAUGGUUGCUCUGCUCUUCGCCGGUGUCAUGUUCCCGCUAUGGCCGCCAACCAUGCGCCUCGGCGUGUGGUAUCUGAGCAUGGCGAUGCUCGGUUUCCUCGCGCUGUUCUUCGCCAUCGCCAUCGUCCGCCUCAUUUUCUACAUCAUCACCAUCGUUGUCGCAUCUCCCGGAAUCUGGAUAUUCCCCCAACUAUUCGCCGAUGUCGGAUUCGUCGACUCCUUCAUACCGCUGUACGAGUGGGACAUGCCGAAGCAGAAGGGCAAGAAGAAGAAGAGCGAGAAGAAGGAGAAAGUAGACAAGGGAAAAGGAAAGGCAAAGGACAUAUCAACAAACGGCGCCGGCGCGUCGAUCGUCGAGGUAGACUCGGACGACUCAAAACCCAAAAGUAGACGAGUAAUGGUGGAAGAGGUUGAGGAUGAGGGAGAACCUUCUUCGUAA